AAUAAUGGAAUCCCUGCCGACUUGUUUUAAAGCCAGUUGUAAUGACCAAGCUGUGUAUCUUGUGGAAGAAGAGGAUGUUUAUGUGUGAAAUCAGCAUUUUAGUGGAAGAUAUGAGAAUGGAAUCCCUUUGAAAUCACAAGAUGAUGUUCGUGAUAAUACAAGCAUCCUCAAGCAAGCCUUGAACGUCUUCUCUUGUUUCACUAAAGGAGCCAACAAAGAAGAAUUGCCUGAAGAUGUAGAGUCUCUAUUACAAAAACUCACUAAAGAUACAGAAGAAAUCCAGACUGAGUUCUCCAAAGUCAAAGACCCAAUCCUCUAUCAUAAAUUUGGCAUAAUCCAAGCCAACAUAGACAAAGUGAGAGAGUUUAUGGAGAGCGAGCCUUUGUUUAGAGCCUUCAUGAGCAAUUGGUUUUGGGAUUGCAUGAAGAAGUAUAACUAGAUACAAUCUCCAAGGACAAAAUGUACACCAGGAAGA